GUGAAAGGAAUGGAAUCGUGAUGUCAAAUUAUAGAGACUCGGUGUUGUUAAGCAUUUGCCGAGCAUCGUUGUAGGGAUAUGUUUGGGUGUUGCUUAACUGAGGCCCCUCUCGUGCAUUCUCUGAUUUAGAUGUUGUUAUGAUGGAAGAAGACUUCGAUAUCUUGAAGGUGUUCUUUAUAGCCAGUGGAGAUGGCCUCCCUCAUUCGGUGGUGGAGCCAAACGCAAUAGAGGAAUAUGCUUGUAAAUAGGCUUGUCAUUGG